AUGCAAUCUAAUCUCACAACUAAUACCUCAACACCAACAACAAACGCAUCAAUGAUCGAUGCUAGCAGUAAAAAGAAGCCAGUAUUACUCGCUGGUGAUUUUGCAAGCACGGGACGAAUUGGUAUUUCCUGUGGCGCCUAUGAUACUCCUCUCUUUCAAGAGAAGUUACGAAGAAAUCGAAUGAUGAAUGCAAGUGCUCCAUCGAAUAUAACGACUUCAACGAAUGAGUCGACGACUUUGAAUAGCACGAUCAGUAGUAAUGUGUCGAAAUCGCCAAAGAAGGAACAAGAAGACACGAUUAUUUAA